AUGAUACCUUCUUCAGUCAGCGAGGCAUACCAGAAGAUUCUUAGUCGAGUGCCUCCUAACCAGAAGAGCAUUGUGAAAAAGGUCUUGCAAAUCAUUAUCGGAGCACGGCGGCCUUUGACAAUAGCAGAAAUGGCUGAAGCGCUGGAUUUAGCUCUAUCUUCACAUAUACAACCACAGCCUGCAGCACAGGCUAGAAUCGAUCCACUACAGCUAGAGAGGAAGCUCCGUCAUUUAUGCGGGCUUUUUGUUUUCGUCAAAAACUCCAAGAUCUACCUCAUUCACCAGACAGCGAGGGAAUUUCUCAUCAAAAAGGCAAAUUCGGACGAUGUCAACUUUUCGUACUCGUCCGCCCUUAAUGAUAUUGAGAAGCAAAUGGCCCUGCUAUGUGUGCAAUACCUAUUAUUGGAGAACUUGGGAGGCAAUACCGCUGAGCAGCCCGCUUUUCAGAACUUUUUAGAAUAUUCAGCCGUACACUGGGCUUCUCACGUACGACACAUGACUUUCACUUCAGGCCAAGAAAUGGCUGGUCUAUUGAAUCGAUUAUAUGAUACAAGAGGAAAGCGAUUUGCACUAUGGUUUCCCAUCUUGUGGAAAGCAGUGGCACCAUACCUGGAAGUACCUCAAAUGAGUGCUCUGCAUCUGGCAGCAUUUAACGGUCAUGAGCAGCAAGUUAGCUCAAUACUUGCUAUAGAUAAAGGGACUUUGAAUACACCAGAUACUACCGGAACAUACCCGGUCAUAUGGGCCUCACUGAACGGGCACGAGAAAACCGUACAGAUACUGCUAGAGCAAGGAGCCGAUAUCCACGCUCAGGAUGGACUUUACGGGAAUGCCCUCCAGGCUGCUUCUAAUGGAGGACACGACAAGAUUGUACAGAUACUGCUAGAGCAAGGAGCCGAUAUCAACGCCCAAGGUGGACUUUACGGGAAUGCCCUGCAGGCUGCUUGUUAUAGAGGACACGACAAGAUCGUACAGAUACUGCUAGAGCGAGGAGCCGAUAUCAACGCCCUGGCCCAGGAUGGACAUUACAGGAAUGCCCUCCAGGCUGCUUCUAAUAGAGGACACAACAAGAUUGUACAGAUACUGCUAGAGCAAGGAGCCAAUAUCAACGCCCAAGGUGGACUUUACGGGAAUGCCCUCCAGGCUGCUUCUAAUAGAGGACACAACAAGAUUGUACAGAUACUGCUAGAGCAAGGAGCCAAUAUCAACGCCCAAGGUGGACUUUACGGGAAUGCCCUCCAGGCUGCUUCUAAUGGAGGACACGACAAGAUUGUACAGAUACUGCUAGAGCAAGGAGCCGAUAUCAACGCCCAAGGUGGACUUUACGGGAAUGCCCUGCAGGCUGCUUGUUAUAGAGGACACGACAAGAUCGUACAGAUACUGCUAGAGCGAGGAGCCGAUAUCAACGCCCUGGCCCAGGAUGGACAUUACAGGAAUGCCCUCCAGGCUGCUUCUAAUGGAGGACACAACAAGAUUGUACAGAUACUGCUAGAGCAAGGAGCCAAUAUCAACGCCCAAGGUGGACUUUACGGGAAUGCCCUCCAGGCUGCUUGUGCUAGAGGACACGGCAAGAUUGCACAGAUGCUGCUAGAGCAAGGAGCCGAUAUCAACGCCCAGGGUGGAGAGUACGGAAAUGUCCUCGAGGCUGCUCGUCAGAAUGAGCAUUACCAUAUUGUGCAAAUCCUCCAGAAAUAUCAUUGUGCCGAUCAGUCGACUUAUCAAUUUCCCCUUCCAAAAAGGCGUAAGGUUUCAUCAGGAUUUCACAUUGCCUAG